GAUUGCGUCACCUGCCUACUUCCGGUUUGCUGGUCGUCCGAGUCCGACACAUCCCGUGACAGUUUCUUUAUUAUUUAUUUGUCUACCGCCAGACAAACACCGGCUGCUGUCUGUUUAUGGGGCCGGACGAUCCCUUCCGCACUUUUAAGCAUGAACCUCCGGUAAGAAGUCGGUAGUUGAAGCUGCUCCAGCGGACGGACCGGGAUGUGGAGAGUUCAAGGUUUAGUCGGGAGAGUUUUCCAUCGGUACCAUGGCAGCAGUACCUUACGACUCCCUCAGAACCACCAUGUGGAGGAUGAGGUCAUCAGCGGCUCAGCUGCCCUCUCCACUUCUCGACACGCCUUGGACAACAGAUCCCAGGAUGAGGACGGGGAGAGGAGGAAGAAAGAAAGGACGUUUCAGUUCGGGUAUGCCGAACUUCCAAGUUACACAGCUCUGGAUGCUGUGGGAUGGGGAGCAGUGGCAGUGCUGUUCAUGCAGAUCUGCAGAAGGGUCCACUCCAGGUUUUCUUCAGGCUCCGAGCCCAGUCCCAGUCCUGGAACCCUGACAGCUCCCUCUUCUCUGCAGAAAUGCGGAUACCGCAUCCUGCUGGAAAUCUUAUCGAGACGUGACGUCCUGCCCAGAGGAAGAAAUGUCUUGUGUCUGCAGGCUGUGCCAGAGAGAGAGAAUCAAGAUCAGUCUCCAUCUCAAAGCAGCAGCAGUGAGGCCACUGGCAGUUCUGUCUCUGGCCACCAGGAGGAGCUCCUGGGCAAGGAUUCACUGACACCUGAGGAGCCAUUUCUGAGUUCUCCCCUGCAGACAAAUGUCUUGUGUCUGCAGGCUGUGCCAGAGAGAGAGAAUCAAGAUCAGUCUCCAUCUCAAAGCAGCAGCAGUGAGGCUACUGGCAGUUCUGUCUCUGGCCACCAGGAGGAGCUCCUGGGCAAGGAUUCACUGACACCUGAGGAGCCAUUUCUGAGUUCUCCCCUGCAGACCGAGUUCUACCAGAAACACGCAGAUGACAAGGACAAGGAAGGGUCAGAUAAAGAGAGGCUGACAAAAGCAGCACUCGACCUCAGAAAUGUUGGAGACGGCAGCAUUCCCGUAAUCCUGAACAUCAUUGGUCUAGAAAGUGCCAAGAGUGAGAAAUACGAAGAGGCUUUCUGCUGCUUUCUGGCCUCAGCCCAGCACGGCUACAGCAAGGCGCAGUUUAACACGGGGGUGUGCUACGAGAAAGGAAGAGGAGUCAGCAAGGACAAGGAGAAGGCUCUGCAUUACUACAAGCUUGCAGCCGUCAGUGGCCAUAAACAGGCUCAGUAUCGCUAUGCGAGGCUGCUGCUGACCAGCAGGGGGCAUCAUAGUUUGGAGGAGUUGAACACAGCCAUUAGGUUACUGGAGGAAGCAGCCACAGCUGGGCUCACCAAGGCUCAGAUCUGCCUGGCCUCUUUCUACUCUCAGGAUCCUGUGAAAAAUGGGUGCAAGUCCGUUCAGUACCUGAAGAUGGCAGCAGAGAGCGGAGACAACUCCGCUCUGUUCUUGUUGGGCCAGUGUUACGAACACGGCAUCGGGGUGCAGCAGGAUUUAAAGACAGCCGUGGAGUUCUACAAGCGGGCCGCGCAAGCAGGAAACAAGCAAGCCAAAAACUUACUGACGCCUCCUGAUGAUUCAUACAAAGGUGUGGCGAUGCGCUCCAUACGCUCGGCUCCAUGUUUCUCUUCGGCCGACGGUCGGCUCCAGCCGCUUUCUUCUCUGGCCGGUCGUGUUCAGUCCUCCACCGUUCUUCCUGUCCUCCCUCACUCCUGGAGCACCGGCUGCCUGUUCGCCCCUCCAUCGCAGUCCUCAACACCUCUUCACCUCCAUCCCCCCGGAACAGAAAAGGGAGUCUGUCAGUGGACAGUAGGGAUCAGAUAGAGGGCAGCAGCCAAAACAAAGCCAAAUGACAUGUGCAAGGAAUGUAUCUGAGAGUCUGUGUGUAGCAUCCUUGAAUGGAAAAGGUCAGUGUUUUAUUUGAAUGAGUUUUUUUGUUUACGUCUGAAAGAUGUUCAGAAAAUAGUCUACCAAAAAUAUUUUAAUAUUUUUUGUAGCGACUGUUAAUGCCUGUAUUGGUUCUCUAAUAUGGAGAAAAAAAAAUCAAGUGGCCUUUGGUUGUGCUUCUCUGUUCCGGCACAAGUAUGGAGGAUAAAUCUCAAAAGAAUAACUACACUUGCCAAGAAUAAUGUGGAAAGUUUUCUCCUCUCUUUUGUAUCCGUGUCAUACUUCAACCAAUAACCUUUGUGGUUUAGUUGUGUCUUUAUUGUAAAAUAAACUUUUCAGGAACGUUCUCUUAACCAGCCAUGCCAGUGUGAACUUUGACGAGGAUGUCACUCUGUGAAGCUCACAUUUUUAAAGUAAAAAUACAAAGAAAAUUCCAA